GGACUAUUUUUCUCGGUAAUUUUGUGUCUAUAGAUGUUCAAGUACCUCGGAGUGUUUUGUAUGUGUUUCCUGCUCAGUGGAGUCCAGGGCAACUUUCUGGACGACCUGAAACAUUUUGGAGACAAUGCCCUGCAUAGCGCUUUGGACACUCUGAGUACUGAUGGCGUCAAAACCUUGGUGUCGUCUGCUGUCAGCGCCGCUGGAACGGCACUCCUGUCUUCUUUAUUUGGAAAGAGAGAAACCGCUGACGAGAUGAACCAAGCCUUGGAGCUUUUGAAACAGGAAUCGGAAAAAGUACGCCAGAUUUUCCACAGUUAUGGCGGCCAGUUACAGACUGUGUACGACAAAAUUAAGGACCUCAGCUUCCUAGAAAAUAAUGCCCCAGAGUUCCUGGAUAAUAUCGCUAAACUCAAGGGCCAGUACAAUGCUGUUCUUGAUAAGAUUGUGGCAGACUUUCACCAGAAGAUGAGUGAGAUUCAUCACUCAAGAAAGAGGGGUCUACUUGACGGUUUCGCCGCAGCUUUCCAGAGUACUGUCGAAAAUCUCAAACAGACCUUUGGUGGUGUUGCUGACCUUCUGCACGGAGGCGGAAGUGGCCUUCUGACCCAACUGACCCAGCACCUCACUGGAGCCACUACUGGUGUGGGAACACAGCUGUCCAGUCUGAAGGAGACCGCAGCCCAACUGCUGGCCACUGGUCAAGAGACACUUCAAGGCGCCCAUGAAACUGGAACCUCUGCCCUCGGACAACUCCACAGCGGUUUGACUGGGGCUGGAUCACAACUUGUGGAUACACUAUUGCACCCCGCAGGCACAAAAUAGACAUCAGUUUACAUUAUAAUUAAAUGAAGUAGUAAAUAUUUCAAAAAGCCAAA